CAUUCACGUCUCAGUGUCUCCAUUUCACGCUUCUGAAUCGCUCGGAAUCAGAGAGAAAAAUUCACUUCACAAAUUCUCACCAAAAUCGCAAUAAUUAUGACUAAGCGAUGCUCAAUCUUGCAAUCCAAACUCAACGAACUCGAAUCCAGGCUUCGCGAUGCCUUGCUUCUUCAUGAUCACGACGAUCAACAUCAAUUCAUCUCUGAAGACAUCAAACAGAAAUUCGUCUUCAUUAAGAGUCUUUUAUCGGCUGAGAUUUCUUCUUCGCCUUCCUCAUCGACGACGCCUCAUCAUCUGCAGCACGUGGGCCAGAGAAUCCAACAGUUGGAGCACAGCUUUCUGAGAUGGGACAGUUCCAGAGACUUCUCCGGCGGCGAAGAAUUCGAGGUCGCUUCGUCUUGUUCUUGCACUGAGUCGUGCUUCAACGACGAUGGAGGAGAUGCCGGUGCUGAACUGUGCGUCGAUGCAUUUGCAGAACCGGAGGAGUUUCCUGACGAUUCUAAGGCUAUGGUGGAAUGGAAAGAAACAGAGGAAUGUUCAAAAGGUUUUGAUGGUGAGCAGAAUAAGGCUAUGGUAAAAUGGAAAGAUGAAGAGAAAAAGACACACAAAUUGGGAUCUUUUAUGGUCUAUGAAGAUGCAAGAGAUCACUUUCUUGAAGCUGAAGGCCUUGAUCACCAUGGAGAAUUGGUGAGUGGAAAAGAAUUAGGGAAUAAUGAUGUUACAUUAAAAAGUAUUGAAAUAAGAAGAGAAGAGGGAAAAAUUAGUACAAGAGAGAAUAACAAGACAAGUAGUGAGUUAGGGCAUGUUUGUGGUGCAUUGUCUUGUGGGUUAGUGCUUGGUAUGGUCUUUUCAGGGUUCGUGAUGCUCAGAUUUUCAGGCUGCAUUCAUUUUGUGGAUCAAUCAUAUUUCCCAAUCCCAACCUAGGAAAGCAACUCGGUGGUUAAUUUUAAAAUUUAUGAAGUUGUAUUUUUAUUUUUAUAGCUUCGUGUAAUUUCAUUUUGGUGUUAAUAAAUUUUAAAAUAUAGUUCUUCUUCUAAGUUAUAA